CCGCAUUAGCCACUUCUCGUCACUUCGGGGUCAGUAGUUGACAGCCACAAUAUAUGAAGCGCGUCGCGUGACUUUCUUCAGUUUCGCUUCAAGCUGCUUUAUACCAGUAUCAAUCUACCAGUCAUGGGCGCCCAUGGCAUUAGCGCGCCUAUCGUAGUCGAUGAUUGGAUGCCUCUAGACAGCGAUGAUGAUCCGGAGUCAAUGGCCGAUGACUAUGACUCCCCCAUUAACGGAGCUCGAAGACAGUGAUAAUGGUGACGGGUAUACUAGUAGCAGCCCGAGUGAGACGUUCAGUGAAGACAGCGGGAGUGAAUAUGGCACAGUGACACAUAAGAAACAACCCGCGAAAAAGCGUGCCAGGACCGCUAAAGUAACCGAUGCGGGAAAAGCACCAGUAGCAAAAGGCUCUGGCAGAAGAAAAACUCUUAGUCUUAUUGUCACUAUGCCAAUAGACGUUCUUUUCGAGAUCUUUGGUCUCCUGGAACCGGCAGACCUCUUACAUCUGUCACGCACGAACAAAGCUUUCCGUACGGUUCUAUUAUGUAGCAAUGCAAUCUCGGUCUGGAAAGCUGCCCGCGCCAAUCGUGGCGGUGUUCCUGACUGCAUGCCUGGCAUGUCCGAGGUUAAAUGGGCUAACCUGUUAUUUGGUGGUUCUCGGUGUCAUGUGUGCGGCGCGAAGGGAAUCCAGCGAAUAGACUUCGGUAUCGGACAAAGGGUAUGUACCUCGUGUCUCAAGAAGAACCUGGUCUUCGAAGGCAGCUGGAAAUCAAAAUUUCCCGACUUCGAUCCGAUCAUCAUGAAUUUGAUACCGUUCACUAACAUCGGUGGAUGGGCUCAUGGUCACGCCAGUGGAAGCAAGUUUUUUUGGUCAGCUGACGUGCUGAAAAUGGCGCAACAGUUAGGGGCACGCCAUAAGGAUGUGCACAUGUUCAAACCAGGUGCCAAGGAAGCGCUGAAAGACUUCAAGCAAUCACGCGAGGAAUACGUCAAUGCUGUUGUUCACCAUGCUAAAGUCUGUUACAUUUGGAUCAAUAAGGACCGCGAGCGUCAUCGCUUGGAUGUCAGUGAGCUUCGCAGCCAAAAUGAAGACCUGAUUAAAGCUAGAUUAGUCCAUCUUGGUCACGAUGCUAAAGAUGUGAGGCGCAUGCUUGACUGUGAUAGCUAUGGCACAGACAAGGAGCUUACCGAUGCACGUUGGAAAUUUUUGCUCCCAAGGAUCGAGCGUAAGCUUUCUGAAUUGAAGGAAGAAUGGCGCCUCGGGGAACAAAGACAAGUAUCGUCUAUCCGGAGGGGGCACCUGAUGGAUAUGUUGAACAAUCACGUGCGGCAAAUGCGAUGGGGUAUCAUACCUCCACGCGAAGACUUCUUGAAGCUUUGUGAUAUUGCGGAAUGUAUCAACGGUCCACCCACUGGAAACCAAGAAAGCGAUAUCGAACCCUGUCGUGCACUCGCGGACAUAAUUCCCGAGUUUUGUGCGGAAUAUAUCCAUCAAACGAAGGCCGCGUUGACGCGAUUACUUGCUCUCUCCACUGAGGAUACCUUGAUACUACAAAGCCAACCUACCGACGCCAAUGAUGAUGCCUUACAACUGGCGACUUCUGUUUUCCAGUGCAGUGGCUUGCGCUCUUUCCCAUUGAUUACAUGGGACAAAGUGUUGUAUCGCACAUGUCCUUCUCACAAUCAAGUUCGAUACUAUUACGCAGGGUCGAGAUCAGCUUGCACAUUUUCAAUCUCUCAGCCUGGGGUUACUGCUACUCGCUCGUUGUUAAGCUUAGUUGGCCUCGAUGCCAAAACUUACGACUGCAGCCACAAUGGAUCAGCGACAGGGCCGCUUUUUUUGUUCCAGCUGUCCACCGAAGCCACAGAACGGAGGAUCCUACCGGAUGGCAAUGGACUGGCGUCAGAGCGUCUUCCACUACGUUGAACAACGAGAUCCGGCGCACACAGAGCCUCGUUGGGAGCUCGCAAAGGCUGUACAACUUGAAGUUAUACAAAGUUCCCCUGUAUGGGGCUGCAACAAGUGCGAUAGACAUCACGGAAAGCCAGUUACCAAGACCGACGUGAUUGAUCAUAUGAGAUGGCAUGGAAUCACUGCUCCGAAUGAAGGAAUUGACUUUGUCUAUGUCCAGAGCCUAGCUGAGAGACCGCCACCAGGAACAAAAUUCUUCGUUACUCCUCAGGUGCCCCAGAAGCCGACGGAAUCGGGCAAAACUCAAAAGUCGAAG